UUAUUUUUACCAGAUGAUCUUUCAAUUAUAUUGUGCAAUACAGAUGUGAAGUGUGUAUAGCCAGUGAAUUUUAUAGAUAUAACAAUAGAUCAGAAGUUUUCAUUGGAAAAGCACAUUGAUAGUCUGUGCAAUAAUCUUCAAAAAAAAAAGAUAGGAAUUAUGUAUAGUUUAAGAUCAUUUCCCGAGGAGAUUUUGAAAAUGAUGUAUUAUGCCAUUGUAUAUCCAUACCUCAAUUAUGGUAUUCUUGCCUGGGGAAGUGCAAAUAGCAUUCACAUCAGUAGUUUAUAUAUUUUACAAAACUGCGUGCAAUAAGAAUUGUGUCUCAUUCGUCUAACCUUGCCUAUACGAAUCUAACCCUAACUCUGUUUGUUGAAUUAAAUGUAUAAAAUUUUAUGGUUUUUAUGUAUUUCAAAUUCUUAUAUUUAUGUAUUUAUGUAACAUUAACGUCUUGCCAGAUUAUAUAGAAACAUUCUUCAAGCUCAAUAGUGAUUUUCAUCAUCCUAAGCAAAGACUCUGUUUUAAAAUCACAGUUUUAUUUGAAGGGCCUCAACCUCUCGAUUUCUGUUUCUGUAGAUAUCAAGCAAUCAGUUUCAUUAAAUAAUUUUUAAAGUCAAAAUCAAGGCAAUUUAUCUUAAACAGUUAUUCAUCAAGUUUGUUUGUAAACAAAUUGUAUUUAGGCAUUAUAGAUACCACCCUCCUUUACGUUGUAGUUGAGUGAUUUUUUUUAUCGUUGUUAUUGAAGUCUGUAUAAUCAUAUGAUCAGCUAAUCACAAGGCGUACCUAAGGGGGGCAGGGGCACGUCCCCUGCCUCAGUUGUGACUCAUCGGGGGGGGGGGGGGCAGCCUGCCCCCCUCCCCCCCCCCCCUUAGGUACGCUAGUGGUUAACUAUACAUGAACAGGUAAAGGGUGUAUUUUUCAAUAAUGUUCUCGGUAAAGCCCCUUUCCAGUUGGUGCGACUGCUUACAACCUUUGGCGAUUCUGUGCAUCAUAAUAUGACCAAAUGAUUGCUAAGGAUCUUACGAGCAAUAAAAGCCCCUUUUAGCAUGUUUAGGGACUGACCUCCGCGCUGCGAACACAGUUGCAGCAACAGUAGUCACAUUGUUUUGAGGGCAAUUGCUUAUUUAAAGUAAUGUAUGUCUCGAGUCGAGGGGCAAUCUUGCCAAUAUAUACCACCUUUAACUUUCAAGUGAAUCGUGUUCGGGUUGACAUUUUUUUCUUCAUACAAAUAUGUCAAACCAUCCCGGUUAUGAUUUUAAAUACAUCAAAGAUUGAGGGUGUGGUUGCAAUAGCUCAUUUACGUGCGCACUUCUAACGUUGUGAAUGAAAUGUCUGACUUCAGCAAUUGACAUCCUCACUGAUAGAAAAGUUGGUGUUUCUCCUUGAAAUCAACUCAUUAUUUUUUUUUCAAUUGGUAAACUUAGCAAUCAGCACUUUCACUUCGUCUUUCUGCAAAUCAUCUUUAUUGACUCAAAAUACAAAUCUCAAUUCUCUCUUUUAUUAUAUCUUCACAGCACAGACUUUCAGAAUGGAUUUGUAAAACAAGACUGAUCAAGGUAGGAUGCAAAUCGGAUUACGUUUCAUUUCUACAUUGGUAACCCUAAUUCCGUCAUGACAAUGGCAAGAGUUUCACUAGGACGAUCAGAAGCCACUGCUGCUGCCAUUACCGCAUUCCUGAUGCUUGGGUUUUUCGCAGUGUACCUCACAUCAACUGGCUAUACAGGUGAAUUUCGUUACGCGGUUGAACCAAGUACCAAUCACUCCCAGUGCUCUUGCAAUCGUGGAAAUGCCGCCAUCCAAGUUCUUGAAGAACACAAGUUGGACAGAACUGCCACCGGCAUCCCCAUUAGAAUUAAAGCACCUGUAGCGGGCAGCCUCAUGUACCUACAGCCCGGAAAAGAGCCUGUCUGUGAGGUUGGCCAAAUUGAUCAUGGAUGCUACUGUAAGAUAGGCUCAAAUGUCUAUCCACCAGAAAGGAAACUUUUAAGCAAAGAUAUUCGGAAGGCGAGAGGAUGCAAGAAACGCAGACCCGAUGUAAUCAUUCCUGGCUCCAUGAAAAGUGGUACAACGGCUCUUAAAGCAUAUUUGGAAAUCCACCCAGCUAUUACAUUUCCAGAUAAAGAAUUAAAAUUUGCAAAUCAUCAUAGGUUAGAAGAAUUUGACCAGUACGCGGAUGUCAUGCCGUUUUCUACCCCCGAUCAGAUUGCUAUGGAGAAAACUGCUGGAUAUUUUAUCAGGAUACCGAUUGCAGAACGACUUCGAAAGGCCAUGCCUGAUACUAAGUUCAUUAUUAUUCUCCGUGAACCAAUAAAACGUGCAGUCUCAAACUACAUGCAUAUGCUAGCGCUUAAUGCUUCGCAUCCAGAAACUAUAACCAUCGAUAAACAUUCUUCUGCGCCAAGAUAUGAAAUCAAAUCUACAUUUCGUGACUCCGUACUUUUUCCAAAUGGAACUCUCAAAACGGCCAACCGCCUCUUAGAUUCAAGUCGAUAUUCCAAAUACUUAAAACAGUGGUACAGUGUCUAUCCUAGAGAGCAAAUCCUUGUCUUGGACGGGGAAGAGUUUACACAGGAUCCCCUACCAGGUCUCCAACGGGUCGAGGAAUUUAUUGGAAUAGAUCGCUACUUUGAUGAUAACAAAUUUUACUUCAACGAGACGAAAGGAUUCAUCUGCCUUCGAGAUCCUUUUGAGAUGUGCAUGACAAGCAACAAAGGACGGCCGCAUGACGAAGUCAGUGAGGACUUGCUGAAAAAGCUAAGGGAUCAUUUCAGACCUUUUAAUAGAAAACUAGCAAAGGUUCUUAAUCGAGAACUCAGCUGGACGAAUUCUUACUAAACUGUAUAGUGAACUAUAUAGCCUGGAAAUGUGAACACUGGUAGGACAUAAGCGUUGCUGACAUUCAGAGAGCUCCGAUGGAAUGUGUCUUAUUUAUUUAAGCCCUUUAUCAUUCAAGCUUGUUGACAUUAUGGCAACAAGCUGAGCGGCUAAAAUGGCAUGUAUUGAUAAUAAGACGAAAACGAUAACAUCUCGAGCAACCCGAAAACUCCGGUGUAGCUGGCCCAGUUACAUGCUCCAUAUAGAUGCCUUGAAUCGGGACACCAUGUAUCCUCAUGCCACAAUGAUGAAAAAUGUCAACUUUGUAAUAACGCCGAGCAUAUGAAGAAUGACUGCCCACAAAACAACCGCGCACUAUAGCUUCACCGCUACGACAACCUACAGCACCUGGAAACCUCAAAGAUAGCGAUUCAACGCAGGCCGUCGAUACAGCGAAUCCAAGCAACAUGACGCGACAAGCUCGUCUCGCGGACUUCAUCAAAAAGCUCGUUCAGCAACCGUCAGAGAGCAGAGAUACAUCCGAAGCCAUCGAUCUCCGAUCGCCGUUGAGGACGCGAUCAGCUUUAUACAGUGCUGGAACCGCGUCGGGCAAUUCGCCUGGAGCAACCAACGUAUUGCUUGCACGUGAUCACAAGCGAAGGCGAGUGGAACAACGCCGAAUCGUAACGACGAGGAACAGCGUGCACGGCAGCAAACAUAUGAAAUACAUGAUGACGAAACAUAUAGCGUCUACUGCCGGAAAACCCAAAGAAUCAAAGACCAAGAAAAGGAAAAUGAAAAAAGUAAAGAGCAAGAAGAAGUGAGUUCAGAUUUGAGAAAGAUAGAUUUGAAGCAUUUGGAUUUUGAUAACUAUACAACUUUAUGACGGAGCCUAUUCACGUUUUUUUUAUUCUGUUUUUAUUAUAACAAAUUAAACUCAAUUACAAAAUUUGCAACUGAUUAUUAAGUGAUUGCAAAUCACACUUUGUAACGUUAAACGUACGAGGAAUAUGUGACACACUUAAAAGAAAAAAAUAAUUUUUAUGAUUGAAACGUCAAAACUGUGACCAUUACAAGAAACUUAUUUUGUCAAUAGAUCUGGAAAAUUUUAUUUCAAACGAAUAGAAAGGUUUAGGAAUAUAUGACCAUGGAAAGAAACACUCAAAAGGUGUAGCUAUUUUAAUCAGAAACGAUCUUGACAUUAAUAUUAUUAAUAUGAUAUUCCAAAGGUGAUGUUUUUAUUAUAACAAAUUAAAGUCAAUUACAAAAUUUGCAAAUGAUUAUUAAGUGAUUGCAAAUCACACUUUGUAACGUUAAACGUACGAGGAAUAUGUGACACACUUAAAAGAAAAAAAAUCAUUUUUAUGAUUGAAACGUCAAAAUUGUGACCAUUACAAGAAACCUUUUUGUCAAUAGAUCUGGAAAAUUUUAUUUCAAACGAAUAGAAAGGUUUAGGAAUAUAUGACCAUGGAAAGAAACACUCAGAAGGUGUAGCUAUUUUAAUCAGAAUCGAUCUUGACAUUAAUAUUAUUAAUAUGAUAUUCCAAAGGUGAUGUUUUUAUUAUAACAAAUUAAAGUCAAUUACAAAAUUUGCAAAUGAUUAUUAAGUGAUUGCAAAUCACACUUUGUAACGUUAAACGUACGAGGAAUAUGUGACACACUUAAAAGAUAAAAAUAAUUUUUAUGAUUGAAACGUCAAAAUUGUGACCAUUACAAGAAACUUUUUUUGUCAAUAGAUCUGGAAAAUUUUAUUUCAAACGAAUAGAAAGGUUUAGGAAUAUAUGACCAUGGAAAGAAACACUCAGAAGGUGUAGCUAUUUUAAUCAGAAACGAUCUUGACAUUAAUAUUAUUAAUAUGAUAUUCCAAAGGUGAUGUUUUUAUUAUAACAAAUUAAAGUCAAUUACAAAAUUUGCAAAUGA